AUGUCCUCAACUAUAAGAGUAGGUGACAGCGGUAAAAUUUUUAAGAUUCAUGCUUAUUGUGAAGAACCGGAUAUAAUUAUUUGUGGAAAUAAAGCAGACCUGGAAAACCGUCGACAAGUAAGCACUGCAAGAGCUCGCCAGCUAGCUGAACAACUGGGGCUGCCGUACUUUGAAACUUCUGCAUGUACCUCAGCAAAUGUUGAAAAAUCUGUGGAAUGCCUACUGGAUCUAGUUAUGCAGCGGAUAAUACGAACUCGUGACUUAGAUAACAACGAGGAAGACUGUAGGGGAGUGGUGCUGGAACAGGAUGCUGUUGAAACUGCGCAGCGAACUUGUCAGUCGUGCUAA